AAACAUUUUGAUUCAUACGAAAAACAGUUAUCACUAGUGCCUUAAAAUAAUUCUUGAACAGUACCAGAAACUAUGAAAGCUGAAAUGGAAAGUGUUGCAGGCUCACCAGCUGGAAGUUUGAUGAGUGUAAGUAGUGCAACCACCCCUGGAACACCAGGUUCGGGACAUUAUCGUCUUAACAGCGUUUCUGCUUCAAAUGGAUAUGAACUUUCUUCAUCCGAUUCCUUUGAUUCCGACAUGGAGAAUAACAAUAUGUUUGGACAUUUAGCUACCUCAUUGACGACUAUGAUCAGUAAUGAAGCAAAACGCUUCAAAGCUGAACCUACGGAUAUUGAAACAACACCAAAGAAGAAACGCUACACAAAAUCUCGUGUCAGAAAUCGAAGUCCAUCAUUGGUACAGAAGUUAAAGAAAACCCGCAGAAGUAAAGCUAAUGACAGGGAACGCGCUAGAAUGCACAACCUCAAUGACGCUCUGGAAAGUCUGCGAAAAAUUCUGCCAAACAGCGGUGAUGAAAACAAACUUACUAAAAUUGAGACACUAAGAUUUGCCUACAACUACAUCUUUGCGUUAAGGGAGACAUUAAAUGUGUUAGAUCGCGGAGAAACAAUUGACGAAACUCUGUUUUCUUCUCAGAUGUCGGCUGCACUAAAGAUGCCAUCUGCUUGCCAAACUUUGUCUAAUCUUCAUCAGCAGCAGCAACAACUUCAGAAACAACAACAUAUACAUCAUCAUCAACAACCGGCUCAACUUUCUCCAGUAGGUCAACAACAACAACAGUUAUCACCAGUUAACAUGCAGCACCAUCAACAGCUAUCACCAGUGAGUAGUCAUCAACAAUUAUCACCAGUUAUGCAUCAUUCUCAACAGUAUUCUAACGGAAUAGUUUUACCUCAGUCUCAAAACAACGCUACCGUCGUGAAAAUGGAACCUGUGACAUCACAACAGUGUCGUAAUAUGUCGUCUGCAAAUGAAAACAUUUACCAGAAUCCGUGUUUUACUACAGGAACAACUACAAUGAAUCAGGUACAAGACUUUCAUGUAACUGUUGCUCAAUCACAGAACUAUUUAUUAUCAUCAUCAUCAGUGCCGUGCUAUUCCCAGUUCUCGAGCCCAGUACCAUGGGUCGGUGCUCCUCGUGCUACGAACGUUUUCACAUUCGAUCAUCCUCAUUCACCGGCAGGAUUUUCAGAUACAUCUGAAGGAUAUACAUUUGAACUUGUUUGAGCGGUUUAAAACAACUUUAAAGACGAUCUCAAAGGAACAUUCCGUAAUAUAUGUGGGUAUGAAAAAAUAUAUUUUUUGUGAUAUAUUUGUUGUAUAUUAUGAUUACUAACACUCGACAGUUAAUGUGCUUUCAAAUCCAAGGACUUGUGUCAUCAUUAUUCGACAGGACAAUUAAUGUAUUUUAUCAGAAAUAACAUCUUCUCAUUUUUUUAAUCAAACCUAGUUUAUUUUUAUUAUUAUUUUUUCAUCAAUUUUAUUAUGAUGAUUUAUUCGUUGUUUCGUGUUUUAAUCUCAUUAAGCUUUAUUUUUGUUUUAGAUAAUCGAUUGACUUUAGAGAUUACUCUUACAGCCUUAUAAAGAAUUCAUCUUUUUCUGGCAAUGUUUACUACAAACAUUGCAAAUAAUCGAUUUUUUGCAUCUUAUAACUUAUUUACCAUUGUUUUAUCGAUAAACAUAACUUUUAAUAGAUUUCCAGUAAUCAGAUUAUUUAAUAGGAAAAAAACCGACACAAAUAGAACUUGCAAACAUUUUUGUAUUUUUACUUAAGCUAAAAUUGACUUUUAUCCUGAUCCUUAAUAUUUUCGUUUCGUAUUAAGGGUCGGUUUCAUAAAAUGUCAAAGAGUUAAGUAUUUCUCUUUUUGAAUAUAACUCUUAAAAUUGUGAAGAGGUUUAAACCGCUUUCGAUAAAAAAUGCAUUUUUUUAAUCUUAGCUACUUGAAAUUUUUAAUGUAUUUGCUCUGAUUUUUAACUUGAUGUUCUUGACAUUUUCAUAUUCUCACUUUGCAUAAGUUAAAUCUGUGAAAAUUUCGACAUUAUCUUACAUUUUUGAUAUUUUCUAGUGAAAUUUUUAAUCUUGUUCAAGUAUAUCUGUCCCUUUUUUGUUUUCGUUUCGGGAAAAAGGGUCAGUUAUUCACUUUUCGUUUAAUUAUUGCUUACUAAGUAACCGUUAUCAAUAUUUAUUUUUUCAUUUAUUUGAGAAAAAUGUCACACUUACUCUUCUUUAUUUUUCAUUUUCGAAAGAAGGGUAAAAAUAUAUAAAAGUGAUCUCGUUUAUGACUUCAAGGAAAGCAAGUGUGUGUUUAACAUUGCCAUCUUUAAAUCAGCUACCGUGAUUCUAAUUUUUAAUCAAUUUCAAAACAUUAUUUGUCAAUUUUAAAAGGGGUGUGUUUUAUCUAACAUAUCAGUUUGUUCCUAACGGAAUACCACUUUCAUCACGUUUCAAAUUUUAUUUCAUUCAACUUUAGAUAGUGUCUGUUUAUCGGGAUGUACAUCAGUUGUCAAAGUUAGAAAUAGCUGACCCGUGUAAAUUUCACUACUAGAUAGAGCUAGAUGAUUAUCAUUUAAAUUUCAAUUAGACUCAGAGGUUUGACAGAUUAUGCGGAAAAUUGGCAAUAAUGAAUUGUAGCCACUUUGUUCUUUUUUAUGAAAAAGCUUUAAUCUUAUUUUUUAUACCUUUUAGUCUAUUGUCCCUAUAUAACGAUAUUAUCUUGGUCUUAAAACCUUUUAAAAAUAUAUAUAUUAUGUUUAUAUUUAUAAAAAAGUGUUCAAAAUGUAUUGAUAAGUUUUUACUAUCGUAAUUGCUCAGAAUAUUGGUGCCUUUUCCACGGAUUUUUGUAUAUUUUGUAAAAUUUUGUAUAUUUUGUAAAAAAAUGUACAUUUUUGUAUAUUAUGUAACUAUGCAGAGAAAUUAAGUUUAUAAAUGAAAUAA